UCUUACAAUAUUUCAUUAACAAAAUUUAUCUUCAACUUGCUCUUUUUGUUACUUGUUUUGGAGCAAAUUUUUUGAAGAAGAAACAAGGAAUUGAAGAAGAAACAGCUUUUUUGUUUUUGUUGUUGUUGAAUAUAUAGAAUUUGAAGUAGUUGCAGUUGCAAAAGCUUGCAAACUAUAUAUCAAUGGCUGAUGCAACUAAAGCACGUUCAUUGGAGGAGACACCAACAUGGGCAGUUGCUGUGGUGUGUUUGUUGUUGGUUGUUAUUUCAAUCUUCAUAGAACAUGCCAUUCACAUUCUAGGGAAGUGGUUCAAGAGAAGGCACAAGACAGCUCUCUAUGAAGCACUUGAGAAGGUUAAAGCAGAGCUUAUGCUCAUGGGAUUUAUAUCCUUUCUCCUGACAGUUCUUCAAGGUCCCAUAUCUGAUAUUUGUAUACCAACAAGCCUAGCAGACACGUGGCAUCCCUGUGAUAAGAAAACCGAGGAUAAAAUAUAUCGUGAAAGUUCUGGUAGAAAACUUCUUGAAUUCUCAGAUGACAGCAUUACUAUUCCUCGACGCAGUCUUGCAUCAAAAUAUGACAAAUGUCAAGAAAAGGGUAAAGUUGCAUUUGUAUCGUCUUACGGUAUCCACCAGCUCCAUAUAUUCAUCUUUGUGUUAGCAGUUUCUCAUAUUCUCUACUGUAUCAUAACCUAUGCUUUGGGAAGAACCAAGAUGAGGAAAUGGAAGGCCUGGGAAAAUGAGACAAAGACAAUUGAAUAUCAGUACUACAAUGAUCCUGAGAGGUUCAGGUUUACAAGGGACACUUCUUUUGGACGCAGACAUUUGAACGUCUGGAGCCGCUCAACCUUAUCCCUUUGGAUUGUGUGUUUCUUUAGACAAUUCUUUGGAUCAGUUACAAAGGUUGAUUACCUGACGCUAAGGCAUGGAUUUAUCAUGGCACAUUUGGCUCCUGGAAAUGAAACCAGAUUCGAUUUUCAGAAGUACAUCAAGAGAUCAUUAGAAGAAGAUUUUAAAGUUGUAGUUGGGAUCAGUCCAAUCAUAUGGUUCAUUGCUGUCUUGUUCCUGCUUGCCUAUACACAUGGAUGGUACUCUUAUUUGUGGCUACCCUUUAUCCCCUUAAUUAUAAUUCUAAUGGUUGGAACAAAGUUGCAAGUGAUCAUAACCAAAAUGGGGCUGAGGAUUCAAGAUAGAGGUGAUGUAGUCAAGGGUGCACCUCUGGUUCAACCAGGUGAUAACCUCUUCUGGUUUGGACGCCCACGCUUCCUUCUUUUUCUCAUUCACCUAGUUCUCUUUACGAAUGCAUUUCAACUGGCCUUUUUUGCAUGGAGCACGUAUGAAUUCUCCAUUAGGUCUUGCUACCAUAAGAGCCUCCAAGAUAUCAUCAUCAGAGUCUCAAUGGGGGUCAUUAUACAGGUUCUUUGCAGUUAUUUGACUCUUCCACUCUAUGCUUUGGUGACUCAGAUGGGAAGUAACAUGAGACCGACAAUCUUUAACGAUAGAGUAGCAGCCGCACUGAAAAACUGGCACCAUACAGCAAAGAAACACACUAAACAAAGCAGGAUGCAUUCUGAGAAUACAACACCUUUUUCAAGCAGGCCAGCAACUCCAGCACAUGGGAUGUCUCCAGUUCGUCUUCUGGAUAACUAUACUCGAAGUGUUGAAAGUUACCAUGCAUCUCCAUGGCAUUCUAACUUUGAGAAUGAUCAAAGGGAUCCUGACUCCUCCCAUUCUCCACGCCACCAUGAAACAAAUGAUCGUGUUCAUGAUAGAUCGCAGCUAGAAAUGGGGGAAGUAAACAGGACAGUUGAAGAAUCUAGCUCUUAUUCACAAGUGGUUCCAGCACCUCGGACAAUUCGAACACAACAUGAAAUCGACAUUAAUCCAUCAGAUUUCUAGUUUGCGAAAAAAUGAUCAAACUGAUUGAUCAGAUCCUUUUGCCCUGUACAUUCUUUUAGACAUUGAAGUCGGCCAGCAGGGAAACCAAAGGCAAAGGAGAUUGGAAACAAGGCAAAAAGAGAGCAGAGAAAUUUGACUCAUUUUUUUCUUUGUUGACAUAUACUAAUUCUUUUUUUUUUUUUUUAAUUUUUUAAUUCUGUGUAGCAUCAAUUGUACUUGCUUUUCUCAUUUACAGUUUUGAAUGUUCUGAAUACAACUUCAUCCUGAUUUUUAUUUUCUUUAAUGGAACUAGUCAAGAUACUUCAUGAAAUUUAUACAACAAUAUGUAACAAUGAACCAUAGUCUAGUAGAGGUGUGUCUUUGUUUUUUUUUUUUUGGAAUGUUGAAUGUUGAUCACAAUAACGAUGAACCAUCUUCAAAUAAAGAAACCAAAGGAGUGAAAACU